GAUGACUGUGGGAAUUUUUGCAAAUUGUACUUUCUGUUUGAAAGUUAAGUACUUACCUCUUCAGCAGAAGAGAAAGCUGCAAACUGACAUCAAGGAGAAUGGUGGAAAACUUUCCUCUUCAUUAAACCCUCAGUGUACACAUGUGAUCUUAGAUAAUGCUGAUGUCCUGAGUCAGUACCAACUGCAGCAUUUCCAGAAGAAGCACAUUCUUUUGGCAAGACCAGAUUUUAUAUGGGAAUGUGUCAAAGCAAGGAGACUCCUGGGUGUGGACUGCUGUGGUCCUGCCGAGCCACAAGCUGUCAUGCCACCCGCUGCUCAGAAGACAAGCCAUCCUGAAGUGAAGACUGAUGGUCUCUCCCUGGACAGUGUCCCAGAGGAAGAAGUCGUGGAAAUAACUGAGCUUUAUGCAGAGAGUGUUGAAAUUCCUCCUUUUUCUCAAGAAUUUGAAGUUGCAAAAUAUAACACCUUGGAAAGAGUGGGCGUGGACAGAGGCCGGGAAACGGUGGUGGUGGAGCUGCAGUGCGCCCAGGAACCUGGGGACUGUCCUUUUCUGAUAUCUGCACACUUCCUGGUGGCUGAUAGCAUGCAGACCCGGAGACAGGCCGCUGCAAAGAACACCGCGGCAGACGCAAGUGAAUAUUACGAAAACUACAUUGAAGUGUUGAAGAAACAAGGAUUUCUGCUCAGAGAACACUUUACGCCUGAAGCAACCCAGUUAGCAUCUGAAAAACUGCAAGCAUUGCUUUUGGAGGAGGUCAUGCACUCAAGCACUCUGAGCCAGGAGGUGAGCGAUUUGGUGGAAAUGAUUUGGGCGGAAACUCAAGGCCACCUGGAGCACACACUUCUCAAGCCUGUGAACAAGAUUAGCCUCAACGAUGUGAGCAAGGCAGAGGGGAUUCUUCUCCUGGUAAAGACAGCACUGAAAAAUGGAGAACCAGCAGAACAGUUGCAGAAGAUGAUGGCUGAGUUCUACAGAUUAAUACCUCACCGGCAUGCAGCAGCCAGAGAUAUCAGCCUGGGACUGUUAGCCCAGAAAGAAGACCUGUGCCAGCUAAUAAGAGAUAUGCUUAACGUCUGUGAAACUCAUUUAUUUAAACGGAACCCACCAUCUCUAGCCAAAUAUCGGGCUUUAAGAUGUAAAAUUGAGCAUGUUGAACAGAAUACUGAAGAAUUUUUUAGGAUUAGAAAAGAGUUACUACAGAAUAAUCACAGUGAAACUUCAGUAGACAUCUUGCAGAUAUUUAGCAUUGGCAGAGUGAAUGAAGCCACAGAGUUUUUGAGCAAACUUGGCAAUGUGAGGUCCUUGUUGCACGGAUCUCCUGUACGAAACAUUGUAGGAAUCUUGUCCCGAGGGUUGCUUUUACCCAAAGUAGUUGAAGAUCGUGGAGUGCAAAGGACAGAUGUUGGAAAUCUGGGGAGUGGUAUUUACUUCAGUGACUCGCUUGGUACAAGCAUUAAAUACUCACACCCAGGAGAAACAGAUGGUUCCAGACUCCUGGUUAUCUGUGAUGUGGCCCUCGGAAGGUGUGUGGACUUAUUCAAGAAGGAUUUCUCCUUAACUGCAGCACCUCUGGGCUAUGACAGUGUACAUGGAGUUUCAGCAACAGCCUCUGUCCCUACAGACUUUGAGGAUGAUGAAUUUGCUGUAUAUAAAACCAAUCAGAUUAAAGUGAAGUAUAUUAUUAAAUUUUGCAUGCCUGGAGAUCAAAUAAAGGACUUUCACCCUCAUGAUAAUAGUAAAUUAGAGGAAUACAUUCCUGAGUCUUCAGAUACCUCAAAGGUUGAAAAUUACCAGAUACCAGACCUCAAGCCUUCCAAUGUCAAGGCCGGCCUUCAGGAUGCUUCUGGAAACUUGGUUCCUCUUGAGGGUGUUCACAUCAAGGGGAAAAUAAUAGACUUUGUAGCCCAGGUCGUAGUGUUUCAGACCUACACGAAUCAAAGUUGCGUGCCCAUUGAGGCGAAGUACGUCUUUCCCCUGGAUGACAAGGCAGCUGUAUGCGGCUUUGAGGCGUUCAUCAACGGGAGGCACAUAGUGGGCAAGAUUAAGGAGAAGGAAGAAGCCCGACAACAAUAUCGCGCAGCCAUCAGCCAAGGCCAUGGUGCAUAUCUGAUGGACCAGGAUGCGCCGGAUGUCUUUACUGUAAGUGUUGGAAACUUGCCCCCUCAAGCCAAGGUUCUGAUGAAAAUUACCUACAUCACAGAACUCAGCAUUCGAGGCCCUGUUGCUGUCUUCUUCAUGCCUGCUACAGUGGCACCCUGGCAACAAGAGAAGGCUUUAAAUGAAAACCUUCAGGAUGCUGUAGAGAAGAUCUGUAUAAAGGAAAUAGGAACAGAGCAAAGCUUCUCCUUGACUGUGUCUAUUGAGAUGCCAUACGUGAUUGACUUCAUUUCCAGUGAUACACAUACAUUGAAACAAAAGUGCACAGACUGCAGAGCUGUAAUUAGCACCGUGGAAGGCAGCGCCUUAGACAGCAAUGGAUUUUCUCUCCAUAUCGGUUUGCGUGAUGCCUAUCUCCCAAGAAUGUGGGUUGAAAAACAUCCAGAAAAAGAAAGUGAGGCUUGCAUGCUGGUCUUUCAACCUGAUCUCGAUGCCACCCUUCCUGGCCCAGCCAACAGGAAUGAAGUGGUUAUUUGUCUUGAUUGCUCCAAUUCCAUGGAGGGUGUAACAUUCACACAAGCCAAGCAGAUUGCCCUGUAUGCAUUGUCCUUGGUGAGUGAGGAGCACAAAGUCAAUGUCAUCCAGUUCGGCACAGGUUACAAAGAGUUAUUUUCCUAUCCUAAGCACAUCAUGAGUAACAGUGUACCAACAGAGUUCAUUAAGUCUGCCACACCUACAAUGGGGAACACAGACUUUUGGAAAACACUUCGAUACUUAGGGUUAAUGUACCCUUCCCAAGGAGUCCGGAAUGUCCUCCUCAUAUCUGACGGGCACCUCCAGAAUGAAGGCCUGACACUGAAGCUUGUGAAGAGAAAUGUCCUCCAUACAAGGCUGUUCACCUGCGGGGUCAGUCCUACAGCCAAUCGUCAUGUCUUAAGGAAUUUGUCCCAGUGUGGUGCUGGAGUAUUUGAAUAUUUUAACUCAAAAUCCAAACACAGCUGGAAAAAACAGGCAACUCUGUGUGCACUAAUCCAAGAGAAGGAAUUUUGUUCAAUGGUGUCAACUACUGAGCUUCAGAAGACAACUGGGACUAUGAUUCACAAACUGGCGGCAAGAGCUCUAAUCCGAGAUUUUGAAGACGGCAUUCUUCAUGAAGAUGAAGCCAACCAUGAGAUGAAGAAACAAAUGAUGAAAUCUCUGAUUAUUAAGCUCAGUAAAGAAAACUCUCUUAUAACACAAUUUACAAGCUUUGUGGCAGUUGAGAAAAGGGAUGGCAGUGAGUCACCUUUCUCUAAUGCUCCAAAUGUUUUGGAAUUGGUUGAUGACGAAGAUGUGGACUUUCUGCCGUACUUGAAGUGGCAGGAGCAGCAAGAGCCGGCCGACACGAUACAGCCUCUUUCAGCACCCCCUGAAUGGAGUGAAGAGCCGCCAAGUAAAGGUCUGACUACAAGAAGACUUAAAAGUUCGGGUAGAAGGAGACUCAGGUUAUCUAUGCUGGAAGUUUCUGAAGAUUUUGAGGAGAUGGGUUUGGGUCCUCAAGGGGUGGCACAACCAGUCACACUGGAGCCUCAAAGCGGAGAUGUAGAAAACCUGCUGAGUUUGACGCAGAUGGACUCAUCAGAACAAGAAGAAUUUAACAUACAGUCAAAGACAGCCAGGUCAAAACAAAAGUCUGCUUUUACCUCUUUCUUUGCUCCUCCUCCACCGCCUACCCCAGGUGCUCCUCCUCCACCGCCUACCCCAGGUGCUCCUCCUCCACCGCCUACUCCAGGUGCCAGCUGCUCUCUUUCCUUCCCUCCUCCCAAUGUCCUUCCUCAGAGUUUUGGUUCUCCUGAGCCUCCCAGACAGUUGGGCCUACCAAAGAGCGGCCAGGGCCUUGAGCUUGACACUGGUGCCAUAUUUUCCCUUCCGAAGCCUCCUGUCUUCCACAGUGGUCGUACUUCCCUGACUGGCUCACUGGGCUCGACGCAGUUUGAUCCAUGCAAAUUUUAUUCACACUCUGAAAACAACCUUUUUCCUGUCCCGAAUUCUGCGCUGGGCUUUUCCACUCCUCCUACUCCUCCUCCUCUCAACCUCACUGUACGUGCAGAGGCUGAUGGGCUGCGUGGUCCCCGUAGUCCCUCUGUUACUCAGAGUUCCCUGUUUGCUCAGAGUGCCCAUUCCAGUCUGGCAGAUUUGCUUGAAGAGGCAUCGUCAGAUAGGUUUGACAGAACUGCACCAUAUUCUCUUCACGAAGAUCUUUGGGAUGUGCCAAGUUGUGAAAGUUAUGUUGAGAGCUGCGUGCCCAAGGCCCUGUGUUUGAGAAGCACAAAAGCAAAAGGGAAAAAUAUAGAAGGAAGUUCGUUUGGAACAGAAAGUGAUGAAACACCAGCAAGUGCUCUGGCAUGUAGGUUUCUAAAAGAGAGGAAGAAACGUAAGGUAAUGAGUAGCUUCACUUCAAGCUCUCCGCUACAAGAUGAGGGUGGCACAGUCCCCCAGCCCAGCGGGAGGAGCUCUGUGCUCUGUGCUGCAGUCUUCAGUCUACAAACUCAGGAUGGUUUCUGGAAACUUACACCAGAAUUAGGCCAAAUAUUAAACCUUAACACACAUGUUUUACAUGCCUUUCUUGAACAAAAAGGGAUUCGCUCUCUAGGUAUAAAAGGAAGAGAAUGUCUCUUGGACCUGAUUGCCACAUUGCUGGUACUACAGUUUCUUCGCACCAAGUUCCAACAAGACAUAAUAGUCUUCAAAUCCUUGAUGAAAUUGGAUGACCCUUCCCUUUCCAGGAAUAUUCCCUGGGACUUCGAGGCAAUAAAGAAAGCAAGUGAGUGGGUCAGAAGAAUGGAGGGACAAUAUCCAUCCAUCUGUCAACGGCUUGAGCUGGGUGAAAACUGGGACUUGGCCACUAAGCACCUCCUGGGAAUUCAGCCGCCAGCCAGCACUUCUCCUCUGCACAGAGUUCUGUAUUCUGAUCAAGCCUGAAUCCAAUGAAAUUAUAUUUUAAACUUUUCUCAUGCUUCUGUGUCCUAAACAUAAUCAAAUAUAACUAGGUACUUACAAUAGCAUUUAAUUGUGAUUUUAUUCAGUGCAGCAAUCAGUGCCUUUACUGUAAAGUAAAUGGAAACAAUUGACUCUUUUACUCAACUAAAAAAAUAAAUGAAGAUGACCAUAUUGGA